CAAUAAACACGCCGAAGCCACACAGUCUCCAACGAAACCAGGAGCUGCAGACCGCCAUGGAGGUUCUGAGGGUUCUGCUGGUUCUGGCUCUGCUGCUGGGUUCUGUGCAGCGUUCAGAGUGUGUGCGGUGUUUUGCACGUUUCCACCUGUCCUCAGGUGAGUGCGAUGAAGAACUCGGUGAGGUGGACGAAGAUGACUGCUGUCAAAACCCAAACUAUGGUUACCAGGCAACAGAUGGAUGUCAGUCCUGUGGUCCUCCAGCCUGGUCUCCGUGGUCACCAUGGUCACACUGUAACGUCCUGUGUGGGCGGGGAGUGAGGCAAAGGAGCAGGAAGUGCUUCGGCAUUGGCCAGGAGUGUGACAACGCCAACAACAACCUGCAGAUAGAACCGUGCAACGGAACCUGCUGUGAAGAUAGUGGGUGGGGCCAGUGGCUCCCCUGGUCUCCAUGUUCAGUCACCUGUGGAGGAGUUGGAGUCAGGAGGAGAGAGAGACUCUGUUCCAGUCCUCCUGAGUGUCGCUUGUCCUGCAGUGGACCUUCGCAGGAGACAGAGAACUGUGCAGCUCACAACAAAUGUCCAGUCCACGGCGGUUGGUCCAGCUGGUCUGGUUGGUCUCAUUGUUCCGGUUCAUGUAUCGAUGACCAGCGUGGUGAUGUCAUCGCCCCCUCCAGAAAGCGACAUCGUUCCUGCUCUAACCCCGCCCCCUCCAAUGACACAGUGCCACCUGGCAAUAGUUGCCCUGAAGACGACGUCCAGACGCAGGUUUGCAGCGAGCUGCCCAACUGUCCAGUGGACGGCAACUGGGGGGUGUGGUCUCUGGGUGGGCCAUGCUCUGUCUCCUGUGGGGAGGGGCUCCAGCUGUCAACGAGGAAGUGUGAUAGCCCCGCCCCUAAAUAUGGCGGCCGGUACUGUGACGGGCCGAGCACCCAGAGCAGCAUCUGUCAGAGUCCGUGUCCUGUGGAUGGGUUCUGGUCCGGCUGGUCCAACUGGGGUGAAUGUUCUGCCUCCUGUAUCCCACAACGCCAAACUCCAGUCAGGAGUCGCCGCCGUUCCUGCUCUAACCCCGCCCCUUCAACAUCACCACGCGGAGCAGGUUGUCAAGGUGACAACCACCAGGUGGAGAACUGCAACCACCUGCCUCACUGUAAAGUGGAUGGGGUUUGGGGGUCUUGGUCGCCUUUCACGUCCUGUCCUGUUACCUGUGGAGUGGGGCUUCAAGUGUCCACCAGAAACUGUGAUAGCCCCACCCCCCUACAUGGCGGCCGUCCAUGUCCAGGAGAGGGACGUCGGACCAGCAUCUGUUCUACUAACAUCCACUGUCCAGUGGACGGCAUGUGGUCAGAGUGGUCGAAUUGGAAUGAGUGUAAAUACCCGCAUCGUGGGCGGGACAUCCGCUGUACGCAGAAGGGCGGCAGUCAGAAUCGAGUCCGUGAGUGUCUCCAUAGAGCUCAUAACGGGUCCAUCUGCAGCGGAGACAGUCUGAUGGAGAGACGGGUCUGCUACGAUGUCGACAAAUGCUACGUGAAGGGCAGCUGGGAGGGCUGGGAGAUGUGGAGUUUGUGUCAACCAACUUGUGGAGAAAAAUCCAGACGAGUAAGAAGGCGAUUCUGCAAACCUGAUUACAGCAACUACAGUCCCACCAUCGGCCGGCAGCACGAGAAGGCCACGUUCGUCGGGACUCCGCGGGCCGACUGUGGUUUGGCGCCUGACGGAGGACAGAAGUUCCAGGUGGAACCCUGCGUCAACGCUCCAGCCUGCAGCUAAAGCAGCUAACCGAUGGCUUCAACAACCCUCCCCACAUCACCAGAGCUCACUGUGAUCGCCGGCGCUGUUACAAUUAUCAGCAUUAUCAGAUUAUUCACCCUGAUGCUUCAUCGGUGGACAGUUGACAGUCGAGGCCCUGUGAAGGAUCACCACAAAUAACCGAAGAAGGAGCUCAAGUCUUUUUAAUGUUUUGAAUUUGCUGUGAAAUGUUGGCUUCUUUGGCUUUUGAACAUUUGCUUUUUUUCCCCCAUCAGUGCUGUACGGCUUAUAUUGUGCAGAUAAAAUCUCUGCAAACUUCCUUUGGAUUUAUAAUCAAUGGGUUUGAAAUCCCUGUUCAGCCAGUUGUCCGAUGAUAACCUGGUUUAGGUUGAAUAUUUCUGUUUGCUUCACGUGCUCAUCUGACGAAAAAUCAGCAGUGUUGAGAUGUUAUUUGCUUUCACAAUAAAAGGCUGUGAAUUAAUCA